UGGGGGUACCGCGACAGAGAGUGGAAUGGACAGCCCGUUGUGGAACAGCACAGACUCGCUGGUCGGGCCGUGGGUCCACCGGUUCAGACCCUGGAGAGUGGGACCGCCCGGACUCGGGAAGUGGCCCCAGUCCGCCCCAGCCCUGGGAUCAGCUCGGAUGACUGCUCGUCCCCCAGAACUCCGCUUCAGUCUGGGAAAGUCCGGCCCCCGCGGGCUCGGGGCUGCGUCCCCACGGGAAGGCGCGGGAGUGAGGCUGGUGCCCCGCCAUCCCGGGCGGUCUCCGAGCGCUCCCAACGGGAUCAGGACCCUCCACCGCCCCUUCGCUGCGCCCGCGGAGGAGGACCACGCGGCUGCAGCCCCCCUCCCCGCCCCGGAAGGUGGCAGGGCUUGCGGGGGGCGGGGGGGGCCCGCCCAGUCCGCGCGUCCGGCUCCGCCCCUCGCUGGAAAGGCUACGUAUUCAGCUCUCGAGGUGCCAUCCCGGGCAGUCACUCCGCUCCAGGUCGGACCCCCAACCUGCCCAGCCCGCUCCGCCUGCGACCCAACCCGCGGCCGCCCCCAGACACUUUGCCAGAGUCGCGCCAGAGGCCUGCGCCCCGACGGACGCCCGUGCCCAGCUACCACGCCCACGCCCGGCGACCCCCGACCGCGGAGGGCUCCCCGAGGUGCUGGCGGAGGGGGUGGCUCGCCGCUCAGGCUGCCCCAACCUAUCUGGCUCACUGCCACCUCCCUUGCAGCCCUGCCCGCCAUGGCCCGGAUCCCGACAGCAGCCCUGGGUUGCAUCAGCCUUCUGUGCCUGCAGCUCCCGAGCGUGCUGUCCCGCAGCCUGGGCGGGGACCGGCGUCCAGUCAAACCCAGGGAGCUCCCAGCCCGGACUUCCAGCAGCCUGCAGCCUAGUCACCCUGCACCCCGACCUGUGAUCCGGAAUCUUCACCAAGCCCUCCAGCCACAAAGGGGUGCUGGCCUGGUCCUUGCUAUGGGUCAGCCUCUCCGGGAUGGUGGUCACCAACACUCGGGCCCCCGAAGACACUUAGGCGCCCAAAGACCCCGAGCCCAGCUCCUUCGGGUGGGCUGUGUACUGGGUACCUGCCAGGUGCAGAAUCUCAGCCACCGCCUGUGGCAGCUCAUGGGACCGGCUGGCCGGCAGGACUCAGCUCCUGUGGACCCCAGAAGCCCCCACAGUUAUGGCUGAGGUGGGGCUGGGCCACACGCCUGCCCAUCCCAGCUUGGGUGCUAUGCCCCCGUCCAGAACUGCAGCUGGGCCCCAUCCCCAGCUCUGUCCUUCAGAGCUGCAGACAGCAGGGCCUGUAGCAAGAAUACCUGCACAGUUUUGCACACAUAAACCCUUGCACACGUGUAGACCAAGGCUGGUCUACAUGCAGUGCUGGCACGUCAAAGAGCCUGAACACCCUGAAACUGUGAACACUCGGGGGACGGCUGCCAGACACAGUUGGUGGCAGCACCAGAGAGCAGAAGCCAGGCCCUGAACACACAGGGCCACCUCUGGGCCAGGAGGGGAGAGAGGCUAAAUUAGCUGGAGUCGCCCCUCCACUGCUGGUCCAGUCAGACUGAAGCCCGGCCUUGUGCCCUUCCACAUGCCUGCCUGGCCCAGGGUCCCAGCCUCUUCCUCCCCAAGUCUUUGAGACAGGAGGGGGAGUGCGGGGGCAGGGAUGCUGUGGCCCCUGGGAUUGGGUGAGGGGAUGGUGGCCUUCCAGAGGUCAUGAAGGGACCUCUGUGGCUCCAGCUGCCAACUCGAGCCCAGACUGAGGUGGCCAUGGAGACCCCACCUGGAUCCCCUGUGGGAGGCCAGGGAGGGGACCUUAGAAGUUCAGGAGCCACCCCAAGCCAUUCUGGGACAGGGACACCCCUUCCUACACCAGGACAGGGCAGGGCUGGGUAGGGCAAGAUCCCCCAGCCCAAAUAGACCCACCCCACCUCAAGAGGGGUGAGACCCUUGUUGGCAGCCAGACAAGGGUGGGGAUCUACAGGCAAUACAGGCCCCCCACCACCACCCGGUGUGGGGAACCUGUGGGACCAGGUGUGGGGGCAGCAGUCGACUUGCCAAGAGCCAGGGAGGGCAGCCCCACCCCAACUGACAGCAAGAACAAGAACCACCGCCGGUCUGCCCAGGGGGGAUGGGGAACUUAACACUGUGUGCCACUCAGGCUUCCCAUUCAUCCGGCAGAACACAGAGUUCAGAAAGAGUUCCUUCUGCUACUAGGCAAAUGCUCAGCACUUGAUUUGCAAAUGUUUGCUAGGGUCACCAUGAUCACCCCAAAUCUAGAGGCCACGGCACAGGGCUCAGGACAUUCCCCCACAGGGCCACCCCUCAACUCUUGCCUCACAAUGGGAGGGUCCUGGCCGCGCCUACCACGAUCACCAGGUCCAGGUAACUGACCUGUGCUCCAAGAGGCCCUGUGGGCACAGUCCAGGCUUGUCCUGCCCUGUGGAGGCCUCCAUGCCCUGGGAGAUGGACUAGGAUUGCAGCAGAGGUGGUCCGGGUGGUGGGCCACACAGCAAGGCCGUUAAGGCCAGCUCCCUGGGAGCAGUACUGGCUCAAGUGGGGUCUGAAGAUGGCUUCUCUCGGGGAAGGGGUGCCCUGGGAGUGCCAAGGCCCAAGGUGCACAGGAGGCAUGGCUGCCGAGAGGCUGCAGGAUAGAGGGGCCUUGGCCUCAGGAUCAUGUGCCCUGUGGCCACUGAAGGGUGUCAGCAGAGUGCAGGGCAUGAGGACAAAGGGAGGGGCAUGGGGGGUGAAGGAGGGGGGCCUGGGCCAAGCUGGGGGCUCAGGAGCUCAGUAUCCCCUACUCAGCCCAGCCAAAACCCUCCCAGAUGUGUCUUCUCCUGCCUGGACAAACUCCAGUUUGGCACCCCAUCCAGGGCCUGCCUGUGGUCAGGGCCAAGUGUUCCCUCCUCCAUGAAGGCCUUCACCCUCCCUAUGCCCUCAGGAGGCCGCCUGCUGUGACCUUCCGUGUCACCUCUAGUGUGAAGCCAGACCCACCUGAUGCCCUCAGGUGGAGGCCUGGCAGUGCCUGCACCCACCCCCACCUUCCCCAGCAACCACUUCCUGCUGUUCCAGCCAAAACCUCCUCUUGGCCGGUCUGGUGGCUCACACCUGUAGUUCCAGCACUUUGGGAAGCCGAAGUGGGUGGAACACCUGAGGUCAGGAGUUCAAGACCAGCCUGGCCAACAUG